AUGGUCACUAAGCAGCCUAAUAAUAAUAAGGCAUCUUCUAUCUCUGCUCUGGCCUCCAACAUCGUAUUACCCCAACGUCAGCCAUCCUCCCUUCCCUCUCACGCAUUCAUCACCCUUGCCUGGGCCUCCGUAUCACAUCCGGCCUGCCAGCUCUCUCUCUCGUGCCACCUCGAGCCGCCCAUCCCGCCAAAGACCUCGAUUGCCUUGCUUGCACACCGCACACCAUCAGUCACAUCAUACAUGUGCCUAUCCACUCGCUACCCGCACUUGGGUCGGCCGGCUCCUGAAGAAAUUCCGCCUCUUCACCCUGCGGCCACCCGCCGCGGCGAGGUCGAUCUGGAUCGACUCUCAACUUCCAGCAACCGCCCCGCUGACACUUCUGACGCUCCCACGACCACGACGACACCUGCACACCAGCAGCCACCCACUCCCGCUUCAACCACCUCGCCCGCCGCUCCUCCGACCCAGCCGUUCUCUGCCACGGUCGCUCCGUCCUCCCCCGCCCGACCUGGUCCUGGAGACGUCUCCGGUGCGAAUAUAGAAUCUUCCUCGGACUUGUCCACUGCCUCGCCACCGCCGCCCCAACCCGCCCAGAUCCUCGGACGGCGCCGACGCUCCUCCUCCCACUACCACCCUCAAGAAGCGCCUCCCGCCUCGGCUGCUGCAGCUUCGGGUGCGGACACCCAGGCAGAGCCAGAACCCAAACGAAGAAGACGCGCCCCGCUAGACAUGGUUGGCACCGACGACAACGGCGCGCCCUCUAACGGAGUUGUGCCUCAACCUGGAGCUAAUGGCACAUCGCCGUCGUCGCCGUUACGCACGUCAAACGGCGGCACAGCCAAUGGAGAUGCCAAAUCGUUAAUAGCGACAAAUGGCUCAUCUGAAAAGGGAAAGCGAGCGGGAGCAGGUUCCAAUCCGGAUACCUACUUUGGGCACAACAGAGAAGAGGUUACCCGUAUCCUCAUCCAGGCCUUGACUGACAUGGGCUACCAAGAUGCUGCCCAAAAUGUCAGCCAUGAGAGUGGUUUCAACUUAGAGAGCCCGACUGUCGCUGCUUUUCGAUCAUCGGUGCUGCGCGGCGCCUGGGGCGAGACAGAAAAGUUGCUCAACGGCGCUACUACGACCGACGAGAAGGGUGAGGCAGGCAACGGUCUUGUUCUCGCAGCUGGGUCGAAUCGGAGUACCAUGCGGUUCUGGGUCCGUCAACAAAAGUAUCUCGAGCUGUUGGAGUUGCGAGACACCACUCGCGCCCUCACGGCCCUGCGCAACGAUUUGACGCCACUCUCUCAGGAUACAGAAAAGCUACGCUUAUUAUCAAGUCUUCUUAUGUGUCGCUCAACAGAGGACCUCAUGUCCAAAGCAAAUUGGGACGGCGCAAAAGGUCGCUCCCGUCAUAGAUUGUUAUCAGAACUAUCCAAAUGUAUAUCACCUUCUGUCAUGCUCCCCGAAAACCGCCUCGCCGUUCUAUUAGACCAUGUAAAGAGAGGCCAGAUCGAUACCUGCCUAUAUCACACGGCCGCUUCCUCGCCAUCCUUGUACUCCGACCACUCAUGCGAUCGCCGCAACUUUCCUACCGAGAUCGCUCUCGAACUGUCCGGUCUCAAUGGUGAAAUCUGGCAGCUCCAAUUCUCACAUGAUGGCUCAAGACUAGCUGCCUGUGGCAGUGGCAAAACCGUCGCAAUUUGGGAGACGACCAACUACCGGGUGGUUGGUCUUCUUGGGGACCACGGAGGCGGGGUCGGCAACCUUUCGUGGAGUCCCGAUGACAAGAUGAUUGUCACCUGCUCACAAGACAAUUAUGCUCGUCUCUGGGACGUCGAAAGCAAGACAAUAAUAAAGAAGCUACCGAGCUUCAACCACCCCGUCAGCGGGUGCCUAUGGGCUGCCGACAACAAGUCUUUUGUGCUAGGUGGGCUUUCCUCCAAUGGACUGUGUACUUUCUUUGUCGACGGCGACGAGAUCCUGGAGUGGGAUGCAGACCACCGUGUGCAGGACCUGGCCCUUUCGCCCGACGGGCGCUGGCUCGUGGCGCUCGACGAUCAGCAGACGUACCAUGUCUACGACGCCCGGACGCGUGCGCCGGUCUACAGCCACGAGCUCCGGACGCGACCUACAUCGGUCAGCAUCAGCGCCGACUCACGGCACAUGCUUCUCAACAAGCGGGACGGCGAGGCGCAGCUCAUUGACAUCGAGACCAAGAGCCCCAAACAAAAGUUCCUCGGCCACACAGGCGGCGAGUUCCUCAUUCGCAGCGCCCUCGGUGGCGCUAACGAAGCCUUUGUCGUCAGCGGUAGCGAGGAUGGUAACAUCCUCAUCUGGCACAAGAGCACCGGCGCCGCCAUCGAGCGGCUCCCCGGCCACAAUCCCCGCUGCAACGCUGUCGCGUGGAAUCCGACGGACCCCUGCAUGCUGGCGUCUGGAGGCGACGACUGCUUCGUCAAGAUUUGGAGUAACAAGACUCGCGCUGCCGAGCUACGUGAUGCAUAUGCCCUUUCGGCGUGGGAAACCCCCAACCCCGACGAAGAUCUGUAG